AUGACUGAUAAUAUAAAAUGUGUUAAUUGUCAAUCGAUGGCUAAUUUAAUAAUACAUCGACAACAUUCACAUGGUUUAUGCGACGGUUUCACCACGAUUUUAUUUUAUGCACGUGAAAUGCAAAAAUUAGCUGAAGAAGUUCAAUCAUAUAGUAGAGAACAUCAUAUUGAAUUAGGCGAUAUUGAAUGGAAAGUAUUUUCUGAUAAUUGGCCAAAUAUUUUUAUUCAUAAUUCUGAACAAAUUCGUAAUAGUCAUGUUCUAUUCUUAGCUUCAUUUCAUAGUCCACAAACAAUUUUUGAACAAAUUUCACUUCUUUAUCAUUUACCAAAAUAUCUUUGUCGUUCAUUAAAAGUUCUUUUACCAUAUUUUCCAACGGGUACAAUGGAACGUAUACAAAUUCAAGGUGAAAUAGCCACAGCUUAUUCGCUUGCACAAAUGCUUUCAUCAAUUCCAUUAACACGUACUGGUCCAUGUGAAGUUGUUAUAUUUGAUAUUCAUGCAUUACAAAAUCAAUUUUAUUUUUCAUCAAAUGUUAUUGUUCGUCUUGAAUCAACAGUUGGAUUAUUAUUAGAUGCAUUAAAUAAUCGAGAAAACCAAAACGAAAAAUUUGCUAUCGCAUUUCCAGAUGAUGGAGCUCAUAAAAGAUUUGCUCAUAUGUUUGAAGAAAAUAGAUAUCCGAUUGUAAUUUGUAGCAAAAUUCGAGAAGAUGAUAAACGUAUUACAACUAUCAAGGAAGGUAAUCCAACAGGUUAUCAUUGUAUAAUUAUUGAUGAUUUAGUACAAUCAGGUGGUACACUUAUUGAAUGUGCACAAGCACUUUUAAAAACUGGUGCCGUUAAUAUAUCUGCUUUUGUUGGUCAUGGAAUAUUUCCAAAUGAAAGUUGGAAAAAAUUCAUUCAUUCCAAUAAUCCAAAAGUUCGUUUUGAUACAUUUUAUGUAACAAAUACUUAUCCAAAUACACAAGUAUUAAUUGGUAAACCUCCAUUUAAAGUAAUUUCUAUUGCCAAACUUUUAUACAAUAUUUGUUUUAAUUGA